AUGGAACUCGAACCGCAAAUCUGUUUCUGGAGGUCAUUCGAUGAACUAAGUCAAGAUGAGUAUAUAUCCUGUGAAGAAAAUUCCACACAGGAGCCAGGCAUAGCCGACGACAGACAGAAAGAUCUGGAAAGUAUCUCGGAUAAUCCAUCUAACUCAACCUCCUCACAAGGAGUGAAUUUACCGCCGAAAACGCUCGAAAGUGACUUCUCGGUGGAAACUUCUUGUCCGAUUUCAAGUAUUGCAUGUCAGAAUGAUCUGGAGAUCGCGCCAUUUACGGAUGAGGUAGCGAAGUCUCCUCAGGCUGUCACCUGUCCAACUCAAGAAAAAGAUAUCAUCAGAGAUUAUGCUCCACAGCCCAAAUUGUUGCUAAAACAGGUUCGUGGACAAUGGAGGCCUCAAAGCGUCGGUAGUUCGUCAGAACUUUGUCUGAUUUGCGAUCGAUAUUUUCAUGACCGACGUGCACUAAACGCUCAUCUCACGCGCAUGCAUGCCCCAACGCGCAACCUUCGAGACACUACCGCGAACGGAUUGAGUAAGUCUCUAAUUUUUGAGGAAUCACCCCAAGUGGCAAUUAGAAGACACUGUCGGGAUGCACUUUAACACAAAAAGCAGAAUAUCAAUCACUGAUAGACACGCCCGUUGGCCAAUCCACAUAAAAAAUGACAAGCUAGUACACAGAGUGUGUAAUAGGGGUUGGUUGUUAGGAAAUUAUGAUUUUUGGCCAUAUCUGCUGCUCUCUCACCUAUUUGCUUUUACACAAAUUCUGGCAAUGUUUCUGUCCGAAUUUUCGUACUACUUGCUUCUGUUUUAACGAUAGGAUUGUGCCAGAAUCUGCAUCAGUUCUCAUUGAACUGGUUCACGCUUUACAUUUGCUAUUUUGCAUAAUCAGAACCCAUUGUGAUUUUUUUGAAUGUACGAUUUGCGGACAUUUCAGUUGUAGUGUUAAAAAUCAGUUUGGCCUGAAUGUCUAUUAUGGUUCAUUCGUUGCGCUUUCUCGGUUGUGCUGAUGGCACGGUGUCUGAGCCGUUUGAUAAAUUAAAGCGAAACGACUGUGUUGUCAAAAGAGAUUAAUAUUAUUUCACAAAUGAUCGCCUAGUUCUUCAGAAUAAACUGAUGUUAGUAACGUGGAGUGCGUGUAAACACUACCGUAAAAACUGGACACGUAUCAAGUUCUUUUGUAAACUAAAAGUAAAAAAAACGAAUGGUUCAGAUUUAAUCGCGCAUUUAAAGCUGUCCCCCACCAGAGUAUGCGUUCGUCGGGCUACUCUUAGUCGACAUGAAUUCUUCACUAAUACAUGUCUUUACGUCUGUGGGUAGCGCUAGAAGGAAAAUUUAUACGACGUCAGCUACUGCGUCCAAUCUCAUCUUCAAUCGAUCUAACACGGAGGGUCAAGUGAACCGUGAGUGGGGAAUGGGGAGUGCCCUUUGUUCAGAGAAUAUCAAGUAUUCAGGCCCCUCACUACAAACAUAUGAACGUGGAUAUAGUCCCCACGAGGUGCUAAAAGACGUGGUUGUCAAAACUGAUAACUUACGGAACAUCUGGAUCGUCCUUCAAAUUGAGGACCUCUAUGUUAAUUGCCAAGACUUGCUCUCGGGAAGACUGUGUGUAUGCAGACGUGAAUACAGAACCGACAAAUGUGUCACUGGUAGGGGGCGCUCACCGAUCGUUCACACGGAACUCACUCGUUCCGUUGUGCCUUAAGGGCUAACAAUGUGUCAAUACAUCUCUAGUGUUUCAAAAAAUGCUAGCUCUCCACGAAGUAGAAGAACAGUAUCUGCAAAAUGCUGAACUAAAUUAUCUCAACAAAGUUCUGCGUCCAAAAAAACAAGAGCGAUAAGCAAAUGUUUGCCGUAAUAGGGUUACUACCAGCGUCUUCGAGUAAGGGCAGUCCACGCAAAGAAGAAAUUGCCAUCUUUGGGGAUGGCUGAUCAAAAUCAAACCAGUCGAAAUUUAUCGGGAAUUCUUUAGCAUAAAGAGCAGCUAAUCUCAUGAACUGACUUAAGACCUGGCUUCGUACCAACCGACAUCACUAAUUACUCCCAAGAAUCGUCGACAUAUUCAUGUGUGAAUCGCCACUGCUCUCAGUUAAAAGAUAUAUUUUUACAUUCCCACAUGUCUACUAACUGAGGGUUUAUUUCCAAUCCAAUGAUUUCAAUUCCUGCCAUUUUUCAUUUCGUUGUAGAAAGUAGGACAGUCACAAGUGGUAGACGAUCAAACAAAAAUCACAAUGAUGGAAGUCCCGAUGAUAACUGCUGGAUUCUGCAGUGCGGCCUCUGUCAAAUGACAUUCUUUAAAGCACGAGAUCUGCAUCAACAUACCAUCGCGAUGCACGGAGCGGCGAGAAUCAUCAUUAAAACGCCCUGGCUGCAAGAGCGGACAACGAAGAAUGCAAGAGGCUCUGAUUCCGCGACGCUGACCAGCCCACAGCAAGCGAUGACUUCGGCGACAGAUGUUACACAAGCAUCGCCAAUAGUCGCGGCUAAGCCGGUUGAGUCAGCGACCGAAAAGACAGCCAUCGGAGAGGUGGCUAUAGCAGAACGAAACUCCUCCUCCCUUGCAAAGGAUGAUCUGAGGGGCAGCCUUUCGCCCGACAAUGCUAGUCGAACCGUGGUUGCUGCAUUAGAAGCGCCCCUUACACAAACAUCAAAUUCUUCAGGUAGUGCCUUUCUUCUUAACAUGUGACUUGUCUCCGUCGCUGCCGCCGCCUCACACAACUGAAAGUAACUAACAGACGACAUAUAAAUCAUAAUUCCAGAAGCCUCCACAGCGCUCUGAACAUCCCUGAUGUGUCAGUAGGUAGUUCGACCGAGUGCAUGCUCCUACAUCGCAAGUGAGAUGAAACGUAUUUGCAGAUGACAUGAUUGGGUUUGAAGGGCAGGUACCACACAGGAAGCGCACAAUCGAGACAUGUUAAGUAACCAAUAACGGAAUUGUGUGUCACACCUUUCCCGUCCUAUUUAGGCGGAGAAUAGUCAGAAAGUCAACAAGUACAAAGAUGAUUGCGUGCACGAGCAGACCUUUGCGCACCGCAGCCUACAGGAGGAUUGCAAUAAUGUAAAAUUACGUUCAUUAAGUCGAGUCAGCCUGAUAUCCUGUGCACAUAUGGGGCGCAGCAAAGUAAGAAAUGAAAGCAGCCAAUGAAUCUCAAUAUUGGACAGAGAUGGCUAAAGCCACGUGCAGGUACUAUGCUCGGCGGUGCUCAUUGUUCAGUAGAGUAGUUAAACAGAUAUGAGGAUAUCCCUCCGCGGGCAUAUGGCCUUACACAAAAACGUUCUGCCGGCUUUCCCUAUGCAAUGAUGAUGGUUGAUAUGGCUUGCUCUCGAUCGGCCAGCUUAUAAAUACCACAAACAAAGGAGCGCUAGGUCCCUGCAAAUCCACAUCAAAGGGCGUGCGCUUUGCUAUUAAAAACGACCACAGAAAUUCAUAAUUUAUAAUCAGUAUUUGCUAACAUGAAGUCAGUUGUGAGCAGUGCUUCCUGUUUAAUAGUACAUCGUACUACAUUAAUCGGUGCUGAUCUUCUACUUAUCGGGUGUUGUUUCAUCAUGUGAAACUGUCAGGUCCUGCUCAUUUGAAUAAGUGGCAGUUCUCUUCAGACAUUCUUUGACAGAAUUUUCCUUGAAUAGCGCGAAACUAGUCAUAAGAACACCGAAUUAGAGGUUUAAGUUCAGUGACGAUGUUGUUAUUCCGGCGUGGCAUAUUCAAAUAUGACAAUAUAUGACAAAGGUAUUAUAUCGCACUCCCGACACAAGUAUUAGCUAUUAGCCCAGACACAUGUUUCACCGAUAUUCUGUCGCUUCGUGACACAGUUAGUACCUGUGUCGGAAGUACGGUAUACUACCUUUGCCAUGUAAAUUUUGUAUUACUUGCAGUGCUACUCGUUUGUGGAAUAUGCAUUACGUGGUUAAUCCAUAAUAAUUGGUUGUCUUCGACUCUAAUAUUCACUGAAAUUUCGAGUUAGACCACAAAAUGUCACGUCGAGGAGACUUCACUCCAUAGCCCGCAGUAAGUAAUAUUUUGAAAAUUAUUAGCUUGAUAGAAAUAUAACGAUUAUUAGAUGAUAUAGAAUCAUCUCUGCGAAUCCUCAACUUCGUCUUAGGACACUCAAAAAUGAAGCAUAAACCUAAAUUGGGAAUAUUUUCAGAUGACAAUAAAAGUAUAUUUCUUAUGCCUUCACAGAUAUGCCGGAGACACAUGCGUCGGAAAUGUUGCACACCCACCCAGGGACUCCAGAAAAGGUAACAAGUACAAAUAUUUCAGGAUUAUGGAUUUGAAACUGCCUGCUUUGCCUCUUUUAUGAGUGCAACUGAGUGAGGCAUAAAAUUCGAAAACUGCCGUAAGAUCAUUCCACAUUCCCGACUUUUACGGCUGUCCCAUGAGACUGCAGCACAAUGCAUGCAGUGUAGCAUUCAGAUAGCACCAAUGGCAUUGUUUUGGGCGGACAGUAAUCCAUGCAAUAGGAACUAGUCGAAAUAUGGGUUGGAUACCAGUGUCGCAACACUCCGUUACUGAUGCUAGUAUUAUUGCAGUUCGUUACCCAUACUGUAAGCGUUGGUAGAGUAGCAUUGGCAGCCGUGGUGGCGGUGGUAGUAGUAGUAGUGCUAAUAGUAGGAUUAUUAGUAGGAUUCGCCGUAUCAGUGGUGGUAGACGGGGGAAAAAGUUUUCUUCAGUGUUGCGACACUGUAUUCCCGCCAGUGGUAGUAGUAUUAGUAGUAACAGCGGUAGUAUUGGUAGUAGUAGCAGUAGUAGUGGUGGUGGUAGUUGUAGUAGUAUUAGCGGUAGUAGUAGUAGUAGAAGUAGUAGUAGUAGUAGUAGUCCGCCCGUAAGACAGGCUGGUGGGGGAAUAGACAAUUUUAAGUGUUGCGACACUGUAUUCCCGCCGAAAUAUGUUUGCCAGUCUUCUUAUUCUGCCAAUUAGCAGAAACUCAACUGACUCCAAUAAACAGCCCCAGUACAAAUAAUACAAAUAAUAUUUGCACGUUCUUCCAACUAUUUCCCAUGACAGCUGCAGUUUGUUGCAACGCUCCCGGACUUAAUCCUUUUAUCCCACUGUAAAUUAGAGCUUCCUUUAUGUCUUACUGAUUUCUUUGGAACUAGCGAUGUAAUUAGUCCAGAUCAGAAAUAAACGCCUGCCUACCGCGUGCAGACUGAGUGGAAUUUUUAAUUUGAGCCUUGACUUAUUUUUAUUCCUUCUUCGUUCUCUUUUCUCGGUGUGCAAUAUGCCUGAAAAAACGUGAAAAUUAUCUUUCCGUUAUGUAUGUUUACAUAAUUUCCCUCUUCUUUUACCACGAAAGUUUCCCCACAGUGUCACUGGCGUGAAUACGACCAAUCCUAUUUCUACUACACGCAUGCAAGACGAUAACGACCGGCCUUACCUCACGUCCAUGUCGAACUUAGAAUCCGACCGCAACAGGGACAAUUCUGUUGACAGUCUGGGCAGCCCGGACCCCCUGCUGUCACAUGUUUCUCAUAGCGACUGUAAGUUUCGGCCGAAUUGCAGCUAUCAUUCUGUAUUAUGCGUAUACUGACUUUAUUUCCAAUACGCUUUGCCGGUCUUUCCAACACUUAUGCUCUACGUUGGCUGAUAUUCAAACUCAUCGACCUCGUUUGUUUCUAAAAUGCAACUUCAUUGAUGAGAAGGCAAUUCGACAUAAAGUGUGCGUUUUUGACACCUUCAAUAACGAAGAGUGAAUGCACCAGCUGAAGUGCUGAGUUGCGGUUAAAUCAGAUUGCCCGUCAGGUCGAGAGCUACCGGACAAUGGAAGGGACCUCUGAACUGUCUUUCGAUGCAAUUGGUUUCUAAGAUUAAGUUAACUUGCAGAACCACCAUUAAUUCACUGUGUAUUAGCACUGUAUGUAGAGUGCAUUAUAAACUCUCUAUCUCUUAGCUAUUAUUUACUUUGCUUUAUGAUAUAAAUUAGUUUAUUUGCGUCUAAAGGUCUUCCAUCCUAGUACUACUACUACUACUACUACUACCACCAACAUCAACUGUAUUCUAGUUUAUACACCACUGAAUGAUCGGCAUUUUCCAUUUCACACUCGGAGUUAUUUGGUAGUUUCAAAUCCCGAUAUCGGGCUGCUUUUCGGUGACCGAAAUGACAGGUUCUGCUUACUACCCCGGAAAUAAGCAGGAGUUAAAAUGUGAAAAUAACAUGCGAACUAAAAGGCACCGCUAUCACAUUUACGGAGCAUUUGUUAGUCAUCCUCUACGAUAUUCUUCGCUGUUCAGUAUUCCGCGAAUCGCAUGCACUGGCAGUUGUACAUACGAGCAUCUAAUGAACAAAUAUUCGGCGGAUUAAUUCUUUGCGAAUCAACAAGUCCGAUGAGUCAUAUGUGGCAGGAAACCUCUGCCCUAAAAUGUGACCCUCUAGGGUGUUUAUUAUGAAUGUCAGUUGGCAGCCACCCAACAAUUACGACCAUGUAUCAACACGUGCAAUGCCCUGCCAUCUGUACUGAAGACCUUCGAACAUUGCCUGAGAGAAAGACGAUUUUCACUGCUAAGAGCUGGCAGCAGUGAACGCACCUGAACAAAUGCUCAAGUUUAAACAUGCACAAGAAAUAAGCCGCUGCAGUUGCGAGGCGUUUAGCUCGCCAGUGGGUCCUCCAGCAUUCCCUUGGGUUUUCCGGUACAUACUCCAGUUAAUAAUAGGUCAGCUUCUAACUGCGUCAGAAAUUGUGCUUGGCUGUUAGAACUAAACGUUUUGUUCUGAUAGCUCUACAAUUAUAGUAACUGUUCAGUUCUUUUAUGUUGUUUAUACUGGACAAUAAAUUUCAUAAAAUUCGGUAGAGAGCCACCACUUUUCGUAGUUUCCAAGCGCUCAGCUUAUAUUCCACAAAUGGAAAUGAUAGAAUAUGCAGCCUCCAGUUGUUAUUGCUCCGAAGUACCUUCUCACUCCGUCUAGAAGUGUAUGCCACAUCAAGGUCACGUUUGAAAUAAGAAUUAACGACGCUUACCACAUCUGACGUUAUUGUUAGGAUGAGGCUGAAGAUUAGGUGUUAGGCAAAGAAUCAGGUUGGGUUUAGAGGUAGGACUAAAUUUUCCUGCCGCAUAACAGAUCGACCGUCCUUACCGACGACGUCCAUCGUGUGUUCUGCAGCGGGGUGGGGUUUGGGAUAAUGGAUUGUGCGUGAAUUAACUUACAGUGAUAGCUGACCUGCUCAGCGUCCACCGCACUCUCCCCUCCCCUCCACCCCACCUGGGUGCGGCAUCUCAAGGACUAGUCAGAUGCAAAACUACACGUGUGAUUGAAACUCAGAUAAUACCCGUGUUCAUACAGUAAUCUGAGGCAAAAUUUCCUCGGCAUGUCUCCUUCGUCUGUCCAAGACUGUCAUUAAUGCAUGACAAGUUAAACCAUAAAUCUAUAGAGAAGGGUUACCUAACUGCCACCCUAGAUCCUUAAUAUCUGGAAUAGCUUUCAAGACGAAGCAGACAAAAAUACUUUAAUGACACUCCAACACGAUAUGAUCGUCUACGUGUAGGUUUGUUAUGCACAGGAUAGAAUGCUGAGGCAGUCUCCCUAACAAGACACUUUCGACUACUUUCUCUCAAAAUAGUGUCGAACAAAAACAUUGCAUCCGAAUCCACCGCCUCCGGCACAUGUUCACAGAUGGAAACAAGUGUUUGCACCGUCGCACCGACUGCAAAAGAGUCUACCUCCCCCAUCGUCUCCACCCACCACUUCCCCUCCUGUUUGCCCUCGCCCAUUCUACCAUCAGGAUUUGCGUAUGUGGGACGAAAUGGAAACGAAGAGAAAGGUGCAACAGCCCCAGAAUGUGCGCAAUAUUCAGCUCAUGUAUCGCCUUCCAGUCGUCCAAAUCUGAAGCGACCACAAUCAGACCGCCCGACGGACUGUCUACACUGUUCUGCAAAGGUCGGCGAUAAUAUUUGUCCUCAAAAGUGUAUGCGGCAAACCCCAAGGACACCCAUCUCCCUUCCUGCAGCCAUAUGCACGACCGAAUCCCAUGAAUCCCCGCCUAGCCUCGCUACUCUCGUGUCCAGCACGCCAGUCACUACAAUUACUCCAGGUAGUAAUCAGCGGCAGUGUGACGUGUGCAUGAACCUGCGUAGAUGCAAAGGCGAAUGUCAGGCAGAAAUGACUGCCAAGAUGCUCCUUGGAAAGACACAUGAAUUUCUUGUGGAGAUAAAUAGACGACCACUGGAGUUGGUGAAACCGUUGGUGAAUGCGCUUCAGCGUCUACUUUUUACUAUGGAAGCCAAUGUUUUUGUAGCAUACAUGAACGAGUUGUUACCUGGGGCCUCCCGAAAUGCUCUCGAAAAUCCCUACCUUAAGCGGAUUCUUUCUCAACCCACAUUUCCAAUUGAAAAGCCACAAAGUGUAGCCAGAACCACAUUAGAACAACCGUCGAAUGUCUUGUAUGCGGGCUUCCAGGAGGCAACUGGGUUUAGUAAAAUUGUCGGUGGUUUUCAAUGCCAGUGUUCAGCAGGCGGUCUCAAAGGGACGAUUUCCGAUCAGCAGGAGUAUGGACCCAGUGAUUCCUGCAGUAGCUUGCUUCACAAUUUCGGUUCACAUUUGGCGACGUCUAGCUCUCGAAGUAUGGAGUCCGCUACCUCUGUCCACAGCGGUCUGCAGAUUUCUUCGAAACAGGCCUCCCGACUGCAGGAAGCAGUCACUCAUCGGGCGCCCUGGUACAAAAGCCUGGCCUGCGAGGCCACUCGCCUACACCAAUGA